AUGAAUGAGUCGGUCGACCCGUGCGAUGAUUUUUAUGAGUUUGCAUGCGGGGGUUGGAUGGCAAGGCAUACCAUUCCCGACUACAACGGAAAGUCGGACUCUUUUAUCAAUGGAGACGACGAGAUGAAUACAAUUCUCACAAACAUUUUAUCUCAAAAGAUGUCAAAUGAAAACCAUUCAAAUGCUGUAAACUAUGCCUACGAUCUCUACAAAGCCUGUACUGAUGAAGUAGACGUUGAUUCUAACGACACAUCAGUUAAUAGAAUACAGUUUUACCUACCACAUUUUGGUUUGGGUCGCAACCAAUUGCUUAAUACCAAUGAUUACCCCGAUAUAGUCAAUGCUUAUAAGCAAUAUAUACUUCAAUCGGCACUACUAUUAGGCGCUAAGAAUGACAGCCAAUCUAAACAGGAUAUCAAGGAUUUGAUAGAAUUUGAAUCAAAACUGGCAAAUUUAAUGGCAAAAACACCGGACAGGAUAAUCGCCAACUAUUUCGGUUGGCAUUUGGUCUCUAAUUUGAUGCCAUAUACUAACCGACAACUCAAGAACUUUGAGUUUGAGUUUCAGAGCAUCACUGAUGGCACUCAACAACAAAGAAGUUUAUCCGGAAUGAAAGACAAAAUGUAA